AUGAUCUCGGCCUUGUUCAUCUUGGAUCCGUCAUUCAAGCCGCUUCUGAGCCGAAACUACCGGGGAGACGUGCCUCUCAGUUGUAUUUCUGAUCUUCCUGGGCUCAUUCAGAUCGCUCAACAGAAUGGCAAUGUGGCCCCUCCUGUUCUCGAAGACAGAGGUAUCCACUACAUGUGGAUGGAAAGUGGCUCAGUUAUCUUCGUGGCCGUGAGUCCCCAGGUGAGCUGCAACUCUAUGGAGACUCUGGUCUUUCUAUCGCAAUUAGCCACCGUUCUGACCUCAUAUUUCGAACAAUUGCAUGCCGAAUCGGUCCAGGACAACUUUGUGCUCAUCUACGAGCUGCUCGACGAAAUGAUGGACUUUGGAGUGCCCCAGAUCACAGACGCGGGCAUUCUCAAGGAGUACAUCACUGUGGACGCUCACAAAAGCUUACUGGGAGCCGUGGGAGAUCUGGUCAAUGCCGCUGUGGGCGAGGAAGGAGCAGCCGGAAAUUCGGGAGACAUCGACGUGGCAACACACACAACCAGUAGAAUCUCGUGGCGACCGACCGGUCUGCAGUAUAAGAAAAACGAACUGUUUUUGGACGUUGUUGAAAGCGUCAAUCUGCUCUAUGCUAACGACAAAGUGGUUCGACACGAGAUUCAGGGCCGAAUCAACGUCACCUCCUAUUUAUCCGGAAUGCCUGAGCUACGUCUGGGACUCAAUGAAAAGGCCAUGCUGGAACACAAGUUGGCUGCCACUGGAGCCACUACACAUAAAAAGCCGCGCUCAAAAACUGUGGAGAUGGAAGACGUGCGGUUCCACCAGUGCGUCGAAUUGUCCAAGUUUAACGUCGACCGCCAGAUUUCCUUUAUUCCUCCAGACGGCAAGUUCGAGCUCAUGAGCUACCGACUCAACCUGGCCAACGCGGAAGAAGAUCAUGCUGAAGAAGAGGAGGGCCAAAAGGUGCGAAACUACGCUGCCAGAAACCGGCCACUGAUUCUGGUAACCACAGAUGUUGAGAAGAAGGGAAACACGCGUCUUCUGAUUUCUGUUAAGCUCAAGUCGCAGUUCAGAAAACGUUCAACAGCCAACGAUGUAGAAGUGUUUGUUCCUGUGCCUCCAGAUGCCACUUCACCACGUUUCAGAGCCACUGCCGGAACCGUGGUCUACAUGCCCGAGCGUAACGCCAUCCGAUGGAAGAUCAAACAGCUCCAGGGAGGAGGAAAGGAGUUUUCCAUGAAGGCCGAGAUCUCUGUUUCGCGCACGGAGGAGCAGGGAGAGUCUUUGUCAGAGUUGCUGCAUCUUAAUAACACUCCACAGAGCCAGAUCCCCGUCCAGGUUACCUUCGAGAUUCCUUACUAUGCCAUGUCAGGCCUGCAAGUGCGAUAUCUCAAGGUCAACGAGCCUACUCUCAAGUACAGGUCGUUGCCAUGGGUUAGGUACAUCACCAAGAACGGAGAUGACUACAGUUACCGACUGAAGAAACCUCGAGAGAAGGAGUCCAAGAAGAAGGACAAGACCAAGGCUGAGCCAGCCGCUGGGGAUGCCAAUACGAGUACAUAG